GUUGGUGUCUACUCGGAGAAAAACAUUGACUCUUUUUCUUUCACUCGUUCUUAUCCAUUGGCAUUUGCUCCUCGUCCUCCUCAUACACAUCCCCCAAGGAUCGAGCACUCAUCCAGACCGACGGCCAGAAAAUGUCUGUUACCACGCAAGCAACCAUAGCUUCCUUUGGAGGCAAGCUCUUGAAGCUCGCCCAUCAAUCCUCCACCCUUGGGUGCGAGAUGAAAUUCAACCUCUACCUCCCUCCACAGAACACUCAGAACUCACUACACAAGGUCCCAUUGCUCAUCUGGCUGUCCGGACUGACCUGUACCGGUGACAAUUGCUCGGAAAAGGGAUUCUUCCAACACGGAGCGAGCAAGAAAGGAAUCGCAGUCCUCUACCCAGACACCAGCCCAAGGGGAAUCGGCAUCAAGGGAGAAGAUGAUGCCUAUGAUUUCGGCUCAGGAGCCGGUUUUUACGUCGAUGCCACCGCCGACCCUUGGUCCAAGAACUACAAGAUGUACACAUACAUCACCAAGGAACUUCCCGAGACCGUCUUUGCUGCCUACGCCGACCAGAUCGAUUCGAGCCGGGUGAGCAUCAGUGGACACAGCAUGGGUGGACAUGGUGCACUGUCGUUAUACUUGAAGAACCCCGGCAAAUACAAGAGUGUCAGCGCAUUUGCCCCGAUUGCCAAUCCCCUCAAAUGCCCUUGGGGAGAAAAGGCCUUCAAGGGUUACUUUGGUGAGAGCGAUUGGCAAAAGAAAGGUGCGGAGCAUGAUUCUACAGAACUUCUGAAGCAAUGGAAAGGAGGUGACCUGGAUAUCCUGGUGGAUGUGGGUACCGGCGACAACUUCUACAAGCAAGGCCAAUUGCUCCCCGAGAACUUCAUUGCCGCAGCAAAAGAAAUAGGACAGGAGAAAGGACUCAACGUUCGAUUCCAGCCAGACUACGACCACAGUUACUACACCAUGGCAUCUUUUGCUGACGAUCACAUUGAUCACGCCGCAAAGCACUUGUUUGCGUAGUACGUCAAACAUGGAAGAUAACAUGUACAUAAAAACUGACAUGGAUAGAAAGUGGAAAGAAAAAGGAACAAAGACUAUGAUAUGAUUGAGUUCUUCCUUGAAUCUUGAAUCAAACACUUUAUCUUCUCCCCUUUCUAGCUGGUAUAUCUUACCAA